UUGUUCCAAUUUGUUGUUUGUUUUUCUUUUCUCUUAAUUCUCAUCCACAAAACCCUACUUUCUUUUCCAUCGAAUAAUAAUAUAUCAAACGGUUUAUGCCACUCUAUCUCUUCGUUUUUUCCCCUUCAUUUAAACUUAAAAUAUUCCUUUUUUGAUUCUGGGUUCUCAGUUUACGUGACUAUAACUCUCCGCUUUUCACAUUUUUUUUGCUCCCCCACUUUGACAAAUUCAAGAAUUUUCAGUUUUUCCGUGUGUUUUUGUGGGUUGGGAUUGAUUUUUCACCGCUUGAAGUCUACAAUUUGGAAUUGCGUAAGAAAAGUCAGAAAGUAAAACUUCUUUUCGCCUUGUUUCUGGGUAUAAAAGAACAGAAAAUUUUGGUUUACAUUUGGGAAAAAGUUUUGGUUUUUUUUAUUCAAAGUACUUUAGAAAUGGAUUCCGGUAGUGGUGGGGGAGUUGAAGGUGCUGCAAAAAAUGAAAAAUCCGAUAAUAGUGAAACUGAAAAUGGGUUGGUUUCAGAUGUGAAGAGUGGUAGCAAGAGGGACUUGUUUUUUAGAGCUGAUAAGAUUGAUUUCAAGAGCUGGGAUAUUCAGCUGGAGAAGCACUUGAGCAGAGUUUGGUGUAAGGAUAGAGAAGUUCAUCCAAGGAAACAGGAAGAGUGGGAAAUUGAUUUGGCUAAACUUGAUAUAAGACAUGAAGUGGCUCGUGGCACUUAUGGAACUGUUUAUCGCGGCAUUUAUGAUGGCCAAGAUGUUGCAGUGAAGAUAUUGGAUUGGGGAGAGGAUGGAAUGGCCACUUCAGCUGAAACUGCAGCUCUCCGGGCAUCAUUUCGGCAAGAGGUGGCCGUCUGGCAAAAGCUUGACCACCCGAAUGUUACAAAGUUUAUUGGAGCUUCAAUGGGAACAUCCAAUCUUAAGAUUCCUUCGGAAAGUACUACAAGUGACUACCAUAAUUCUAUUCCUUCCAGGGCUUGUUGUGUUGUUGUUGAGUUCGUUCCAGGUGGGACAUUGAAGAAAUUUUUAUUCAGGAAUAGAAAGAAAAAACUUGCCUUUAAGGUCGUGAUUGAACUUGCUUUGGACCUCUCUAGAGGAUUGAGUUAUCUUCACUCAAAGAACAUUGUACAUCGAGAUGUGAAGACAGAAUAUAUGUUGCUCGAUGCUAAUAGAAAUUUGAAAAUCCCUGAUUUUGGCGUUGCUCGAGUUGAAGCUCAGAACCCAAGAGACAUGACUGGGGAAACUGGAACUCUUGGCUACAUGGCCCCUGAGGUGCUUGAUGGGAAGCCUUACAAUCGGAAAUGUGAUGUCUACAGCUUUGGUAUAUGCUUAUGGGAAAUCUAUUGCUGCGACAUGCCUUAUCCUGAUCUUAGUUUCGCUGAUGUUUCGUCUGCAGUUGUUCGACAGAACUUGCGACCGGAUAUCCCUCGAUGUUGUCCGCAUUCAUUGGCAGGCAUAAUGCGAAAAUGCUGGGAUGCAAACCCAGAAAAACGGCCUGACAUGGAGGAGGUGGUGAGGUUGCUAGAAGCAGUAGACACAAGCAAGGGAGGAGGCAUGAUACCUGAAGAUCAAGCUCAUGGAUGUUUCUGCUUCAUUCCAUCUCGAGGCCCAUGAUUUGUUUUAAUUUUCAUUUGGUCUUAAUUCAUAUCAAUAUUUGUAUCAUGUGCACUUCAGAUAAAAAAAAAAAAAAAAAGGGUCAUGAA